CCCCCCCCCUCCUCCCAAAAAAAACAGUGUGUGAACCAUGAUUGUUGUGGGUUGCGCAGCACCACAUCAGAUCUGUCCCUUCAAGGUUCGAGAUGAAACCCUUGGAAUAUAAAAGGUUUCUCAGUUGAACCAACCACCUGGCUGGAUUCUAGAUGAAACGCUUGGAAUAUAUACGGGUUUGAGGUAGAACCCCUUAUGGUGGAUUCUUGAAAGCACCCUGAGAGGGUGGAAAUGUUCUGGAUAGUUAUGGGUGGAACCAUUACAUCCUAGAAGUGUUCUCUGUAGAACUUCUCAGAGAAGGCUUUCUCAGAGGGUUCUUGAUAUAACCUUGUUUGUGUUUGGUAGAACUCUCCAGGAACCAAAUAGGGUUCUCUUAUGAGGACAAGCUGAAGAACCCUAUAUGGUUCUAGCUGGCACCUUUUUUAUUUUCUUAUAUUGUUAGAUUGUACUUUUUAACUCUGUUUAUUUGACCGCUAUAGUUACGAUGUAGAUGAGGACACAUACAAAUGAUAUGGAGGACCGCAGCUGUAGUUGAGGACACUGAGGUCACGUCCCUGGUAGUCCCUGUGGGGAGCCAGUUUAUAUUCUACAGUUACAAAUGUACACUAUGUUGUAGAUUAAACUGAAUAGAUUCAAAUUUGACCAAUGUAAUGAAAAGGAUUCAGAUUAUUGCCACUAUCAUUUCAAUAUGAGGCUUUGAAACAUCAUCUUGACUUUAAAAUUGACAAUGAACAUGACUGGAUAGGAGACUGAAUAAGUCAAAUCCAGUGUUCUAGACCAGAGUGUAUCAAGACCAAGACUUUGAGGGGUUGGACCAGAUCAAGACCAGGCAGGGUGAGACCGAGUCCCACGCUGAAGGACUCAUGCAAAUCAGAGGCAGUCCUCAAAUAAAUCUGAUAGAUCCACGUUCCCAUAAAACACCCACAGAAAACCAAUGAAGAUUCUUCUUUCUCCUCUUUAAAUGCCACACAUACUAUGUGGGUAUAAGUGUACCAUGAGAAAUGUCUUGAUGAAUAAUUAAAGGGCAUUGCAGAGGUGAAGUUAAUGUGUGGACAUUUUCCUUUUUGUUUUCUAUGAGCAAACGAAUGAAUGUAGACUAUGCACAGGCACCCGAGUCGUCUUUCUCUGAGACCGAGACAAAAAUGUGGCCGACCAAGAUCUGGAGUUCUGCGGCGCUGGUCAACUCCAUAUAAUUACAGGAUGUUAGAGACUUAACAGCCGGUGAUGGAGGGGAGACGCUAUGGCCCUAUUAUUAAAUAGAAUAAAUACGACUGUUAUGAUGAAACUAUGUAACAACAGCUACAUAAUGUGAAGAAGUAGCUCCACACACUGCUUAAUGAAAUGCAUAAUGGAUUCUUUGUUUUUGAUACGAACAUUUUGUGGACGAUACUUCUGUACCUCCGGAAAAAAUAAUGCACUUUUGUGUCAAGUAUUUUUAUGGCGUGGCAUUACUACUGUUCUAUCUGAAGAGUCUAAAUACUUAUGGACAGUAUGUGUGAUGUACCUCUACACUAGUGGAGUUAGCUUGGAUUUCACAGGACUAGGAGAACACGAGCCCCCUCUCGUGUGGUUGUCUUUGAUGUGAAUAGUCUUGGGCUCAUCUUGGUUCUAGGGGAGCACCGGUAUCGAAUAUUAGUCCGAUAGAGACUCAAAUAUCUGGGUUGGUUAUUUAUUUGAAUUUUGAAUUCCUUAUUAAGUUUUGGCCAAUUUGUUGCUGCAUCAAAAAGUUUCUUCUUAAAUUGUAAUUCCUGAUCAUUCUUUUUUCCAAGUUGCCGGAACACGAAUUGUAACAAAGUUUUACAAUGUUGCAUUUUAACAAAUGUAACAACAAUUUGUUACAUUUUGUUUGAAAGCGACGUUUAAAGCCUGAUGUUUCCUUACACAUGGAAGGAAUGACCCCAGUCUCUUCAACAUAGUGAGACAUACAGACGGUUAAUUAAACUCUUGUAUCACGUCGGUGCUCCGUAUCGAUAUCGGGACUGAAAAAGUCCGAUCGACCCAUCGCUACUUGGUUCCAAUCGCCGUUUAACGAAACCUUUAAUUGAUUGACUUUAACGAAAUGCAGAUAUUUUGUAGAAAGUUAUUUUUUAAACCCUUUAAAAGAACAUUAGAUUAAUUGAUUUCUCAACACCUGCAGGGCCAUAAAGAGCUGCUUUAAAGUGAGUUUACAUCCCAUCAGAACUUUUGCUAAAUGGGAAGCAUUUAAAAAGCCAUAUCUCCCACGCACCACACGGGACAAUAGCGUCUGUAAUGCAUCUCUCCUUCAUUCGGAUUUCUCCAGACGUGUUUGAACAGUCUGGUGGUUCACUGGUCGUGGUUUGGUCACGACGAAAUGACAGGGUGAGGCAGUCUGGAGGGGGGGUGGGGUGGGGUAACAUCCAUCAGCCGUGAUGUAGCUCCGCGUUUUAAUGUAGUGGAAGUUAAAUACACGUAUAGUGACUUAUCACCCUCCGUCACAAUGCACACGCUGUGUCUGUCGGUGUGAAGCGAGGCUGGUCCGACAUCGCUUCAGAUUAAGUUUUCUGCAAAAAAAAAAAAAUCGGGUAUAGAAGCUCAACCAGGAAGAGCUCACACACACGCGCGCGCGCACACACUCACACGGCGCCACCGACCGUCCUCUCUCCACUCCUCCUCAGCUCUCCCAGUUUACGGAGCUCUGCCAUCGCACCAGUCCGGCGGCUUCCUCCCCAACCUCUCUCCCCCUCCCACCACCACCACCACCACCACCUCCUCUCUCGCUUCACCCGCAGAUUUGUUCGACGGUUCCCGGCUGUUGGCAGGAGGACGCGUGCGUCGGCGAGCCGUAAGUUACCAGCUCGAUUGUUUGUUGCUAUUUCAACGCCUGAAUGUUUGAAGUUGCUCCGACCGCUCAGCCGUCCAGAGAAGAAGGAGCGCAGAAAACGCUUUUUUUUUUUUUUUUCUUUUUUUUUUUUUUUUUUUCCGGCUUCGUGCACCAGAAGCGGUAGCACACGGGGUGGGUGUGGGGGGGCUGCUAUACGUGCCAUACGUGCCAUAUCCUCCCUAGGACCGGGAUCAGAGCAGCCACCGUGUCGGUAUUAAGGAAUCCGGUUAUAAAAUGUGAUCAAGAGGUGGUGACUGCCCUUUAUUUUGCUUGGUGUGUUCGGGUAGCCCCCCCCUUCCUCUAUCCAGCCCAUAUUUAGAGCCUGGCUGUCUACUUCAGAUGAGAAAGCUACGUCAAGCCGUACUGUAUCCCAUCCUACUGUGUUGCUCAGCCGCUGUAUACAUCUAUAUAUAUAUUUAUUUAUAUGUACGCAUGCAGCAUAAAUGUAUGCAUUAAGUGUGCAUGUAUGCAAACCUCCCUCCACAUCUCGGAUGGUGUUCAAGCUCAAGGCUGUGGUGCAAGUCUGAGAAGAAAAACAACAACAAACCAGACAGUGACCAGAAUGUUUGGCAUGCCUGGAGUCCUUUUUAUCUCUUCUUGAUAAAACUCAACAUGCCAGAGCUUCGUAGCUGCUCGUCACCAGCUGUGAUGUGAAGACAUGUAAAAUAAAAACAAAAAAAGCCGUCUCAAUCCGAUCCCAGCGGGGUUAGCAGCUGGUUUGUCUUCACCUGGCUCUCACCUGAAAGUUGAAAGGAGACAUUUUAAACCCCAGCAGGUCGAGGUGUGUUAAUUACAGGUGUGAUAUUGUCUGAUGAGGGGGUUGUGGCUGUAGCAUGUGAUCUGGUGUAUUGCAUCUGUUAAUUGGUUGGAUAACGUAGAUUAAUUGUGACGCUUUACAGUUGAGCCAAUUCUCUACUUCCGACGUCUUUAUUAUGAAUUAUGAGCAGAUCUAACUACAUUUUUCCUUCUUAAAUUCGUCUUAUUUGAAGAAGUUGAGAGACUUGAAAUCCACAAAUUAGGGACUGUAUGAAAAUGAUUAGAAAAUCCAUCUUGUCAGACAUCAAGUAACGUGUUUAAGUAGCUACUAGCAGCUGUGGGCGUGGGUGAGGUGUGUGUGUGUGUGUGAGAGUUCAAAACAAACAUGGCGUCUCCUGAAGAGGUUAGCGUAGCAUCAGUUUUCAUCAGAACUGACACUGAAGGCUUUUCUAGAUGAAACAUUUCUUUUGGUCUCCUGACUCUCUUCGGCAAGAGUUUGAUUGACAGACGGUUCAUCCAAUCACCUGUGCCCGCCCUUUAUCUAAACUGUUUUCAAUUACGGCUUCUCAGAUGGUUCUGUGUACCAAACCAUCUGGCGGGUCGGGUUAGGAGGUAUUGGUCAGGAAAUCGGGAAGUAAUUUGAACUUUUUCACAUUUCAGGAAUAUAUAUAAUUCAUUCAUUCUGCGGCAAAAAUGUUGCCGCACCAACAGAAAUGGAGACUUGUCUGUAUAUGUUUCACUGUAUUGCUGUGUUGUUAUGGUACACGGUCUCACGGAGAGGGUCCAAAGAAAUACGUUUGACUUUCUCAGUCAUUUUGAGAAAAGAGUUUAUAGAUAUAGUGUAGUUUAUAAAUGAAUGAAUGUCUUUUUUAACAAUUCACAUUCAUCACUGCUCUAUAAACACAAUAAAACAUAGCUACAACCACAAUUAAUCAUGUCUUCAGUAGUUUAUCUCUCUAUCUAUCUAUCUCUAUCUCACAAACAGUUUUUAAACUGCUGCACAUGUUAAUAAAUAAUUAAAGGGGCAGUCCACCCCAUAAUCAAAAUGCAUAUGUUCCCUCUUACCUGUAAUGCUGUUUAUCAAUGUCGAUAGUUUUGGUUUGAGUUGUUUUGGAGAUAAUGUCGAGAUGUCUGCCUUCUCUUGAAACUAUUAAGACAACAAGAAAUGGGAAGGGAAAUGGGAACUGUUUUUCUUUCAACCAUAGUUCCUCCAUGAAACUGCUCACAACAACGUCUGUGGAUUAUCUUGAAUAAUCGGGUCAUGCUUUUUGGAAAGAUAUUUCUGUUGAGUCUUUCAACUGAGCCGAGUGUCACAUAGUCCCAUUAUAUCGGAGGGAAGGCAGACAUCUCUACGGGCGAUCUCUCCCAAAAUGGGCAACUCACCAACAAAGUGACUCUUAACUUGUGUGUGCUAUUCACCUCUAUGUUUAAACGUAUGCUGUGUGUCAGUUUGAUCUCUUAUCACCGCUGUAUUGUUAUACAUUUGGUGCUGUGACAUUAGUUGCUUUUUCUGCUGUGUUGGAUUGUAUUUAUUGUUUUAAUGAACUAUUAUAAUUGAUGGGUUUAUAGCUGAUUUGGGAGCCAGUGCACGCUACUUUGUGUUGGACUGAAGCAUUUCUAAUUUGUUUUGAUGGUUUGCUUUAUAACUGCAGCUUCACGAAGAUGAAUGGCGUCUGUAGAUCAGUCAGUUUAUGUGCCUGGAUUCUGUGUGAUCGUCUGGGCCGCUGUUUUACACACAUCUCCUCCAGAGUCUUGGAAGUCUUAUCAUUAAAAAAUAAAAUAAAAUGAAGAAGCAUCCCGGUGUGCUCGGUGUUUGAUGCUCUGAAAGGAGCUGAUGGUUGGUUUUCUGGCCAAUUAGAGACGGAGCGCAGGGUCAUUGAUCUUCCCGUAAAUGUGAGAUUACUUCCUGAGCAUCACGUGGCCUCGCUGUGUUUGAAGAGCCAAAUUGCCGGCCAGAACGCUGCCACAUGAGAUAACAUCUCGUAGGUUGUUCCCUCCAGUGUUUCCCCACCUACACUUCUCAGACGUGACCCCAAAAAACGGCUGGUGGAAAAUUAUCUUUGUGGUUUAAAAAGAGUCUGUAUGAAAAGCCCUGCAUCGAGGUUAUUGGUUAGAUGUGAGAGUUGUUUCAAAUCAACAUACAGAGACUUCGGUUAUUGAGGUAGUUUAAAGCCUUCAUCUGUCAUAUUCUGGACUUCAGAGUAUAAGUAUCUCACUCUGGUUUUGGAAUUUUAGUCUCAGCAGGCGAGGUCACACCGCAAAACGGAUUACAUGUUGUUUGAGAAGCACAGCCGAGAGUUACCCGUCCUCAUAACGGGACAAACACCUCCCGAUGUUGUCUUUCAUUAACAUGCUCCCGAGUUGUUCCAUAGCUUUCUGUUGUUUUAAAGGUAUUCAAACUUUCUGAGGUGGAGAUAUGAUGAAGAAAUUAUAUUAAAUCCUGUUAUUUCUCCUUUGGGAAACGCUGUAGAGUUGUAGUUCAGGAAGUCUUCAUCUUCAUGAACCCUGGAGCUACACUCGUAUUUGCUCCGGCCCUGGAUCAGUCUCGAUAUUUCGGUCUUGGACCGCCUUCACGCUGCACAAGCACAGUCAGACGAAAUCCAACAUGUUUGAGAAAUCUUGUCGGGCUGCGACUGUUUGCGAGUCGUCAGCUGGGCCAAAGAUCUCCAGCCUUGAAUGAGUUCAGGUGACGGAGGAAUCUGCAUGAAGCAUCCGGCCCUCGGAGCGUCACGCAGACGAGCUAGUCUGAACAGAAGCCGGUAAUUGUUGAAGCACAGCUUCAUGCAGAGUGAAACGGCUUACUGUGAUCAGACUCAUAGCUAUGAAAUAAUGAUGACACCUGAGGCAAUUUAAUUUAAUGCACCGGUCAAUGUUAUGAUUUUGCAUCCAUGUCAUGUCUUCUUUCAGACUAGUGGAAAGACAACAUCCAAAAUACACAUUUAGGUGUUUAUUCUAUUACUUUGCCUGCAGAUUUCUACCAAAGUUACCAUUAGAUCAUUUGUAUAUUUAUAAAAAACAUUUCAGAAACUUUUCAUACAAAAAAGAAUCGUCUUAAUUUAAGUAAUCAACCGGGGAAGUUUCAUGGUGACAUCUAUUAGUUAAUUUCUUUACUGUGUUCAGCUGUAGUGUCUUACAAACUUAUCUUUAAAGGCUGUUUUAUUUCACUUCUGAGCCAGAAUCUCUACUUGAGAAGCUCUUGCAUGCAGCAAACCUUCCAGUUUCAUUCCUCUCUUUAUUCUGAAGGUUUCUCCACAGAGGGGUUUGUUCACAUAUCAUUCAUAACCUGAUUUAUAUUUUAUUGCUAAAAACAAGGGGUGAAAAUAGAUUUUUGUAAUGGCUGCUGGCAGUAUUUUCUGAUACAAGGAGUGAUACAAAGAGAUAUCCAAAAUGUCCUGCCUAUUUGGUCACAGUUGGGGAGCAGCCACAGAAUUCGCCUGAAACUAACUUUUAAAUCCCCACACACACACACACACACACACACCCCCCCCCCCCCCACACACACACAGCAAUUUUUUACACACAAUUUAGUUGGGGAAAAAACCACCCGUUUACACUUGUGCUAACAAGAAUGUGUUCAGUGAGAGAAAUAUUAAUUUAGUGUGUAGUUCCUCUUUAAGUGGGGAUUUCAUUAAGCGAUUCUAGCUAAUUAUGGGAUGUAAUGGGGUAGAACAAGAAGCUAUUGUGAGUUGCAAAAGAAACCCUCCGUUCAGUUUACAAAAGGAAAGUUGAACGGCGGAAAAUGUAUAAUUGUAUUUGCUGUGGGGAGUUCUUCUUUGUGGUGCAGAUUCUACUGUGUGUACUGUUUUUAAAUGCGGGUCUUUAACCAUCUUAUUAGGCAGACAAUAAAUCUUUAUGACCCACGCCCCGGUAUAAAAUGAGAUUACCAUUCCCUAAAGACACGAGUAAAGUCGUGAUCUGUAUACGGGCAUUAUUUAAAGGUAAACAUAAACACGAGGCAUUCAUUGGCUGUUUAUGUUCUAAUUUAACAAUGAGCUACGGGAGCGUGUUUCUUUACGAAUACUCCCAAGCUAAUUGUUCGUUGCCAUUUGAGUUUAAUUGCUAAAUGAUUUCAUAACGAGCUCAGGGAGUAUUCACGGUAUGUUUCGUGAGAUGUAUGCAUAACGUCCCCCUUCUCUACGUGAUCUCAACAUUCAGAUAUUCAUGUUCAACAGUAAUCACACCUUCCCGUUCAGCCGGCUUGUUUAUUUCUCUUAUUUCCCUCAGUUGAACUUUGUUAGUAAGGCGCUUUUUGACAUUUUCUAUUCAGCCUAAACAAUUGGCUCUAACAAGCUGCUAUUUGCAUGCUGUGUGCACACGAGGUGAUAAGGCAGUGAAUGAAUGACAGAGUGCAUCAGUUUCCUCCAUGCUACAUAAAACACACACACACGCACACACCCGUUAUGAAUAGCUGAGAGCUCGCCGAACGAUCGGAUCAAUUCACGAAACCAUUGGUCUGAAUGUACUCCUCAUUAAACUUCUAUGUGUUUGCUUCAGAUGUUGCUGUUGUGUUUGUUUCUAAAACAAAGGCUUACGUAAGAUGGUCUAUCUUUGUUAUGCUCGCAUCUCGUUGGUUCUCGCUUGCUUUUCAUUUUCUUUGUGCCUCAGAACCUUCCAAACCACAGAAGCAGCUUUGUCUAGUUUAUCAUCACUCCAAACCUUUUUUUUUUUUUUUUUCAUUUUCAUGAUAAUGUUCCCUGCUUGGUCCAUAAUGCACCUUUUACCCUGACCAUCACUCCUGUUCUGAAACAGCCAGAGCUGUGGUGCCUGCUGGUCUUAAACAUUGUCUGUGUGAUUAUAAGGAACUAAAGCUGUAAAGAUGUUACGAGAUGUUUCUGAACCAGCUCUCUAUGGAUCUAAUUAAACGCUUUGUUUGUAAGUAACUGUAUUGUGAUGAACAUUGUAAGCACACAGUGAAACUGGGACAAACAUAAGUUUUGGCUACUUGUCGGUCUCUUAUCUCCAGGCCCCGUGGAGAAGCAUGUGAUGACUCACGUAAGACAGAAGGGUUCCCUCAGGCCGAGCGACGGCACGGCCGAGUGGUGGGACAGCUGCCCUCUUUGGCCACAUGGUGGCGCUAUGGGCGACACCUGGCCUGAGCGCUCACUCCGAUUCGGGAGGACAAAGAAGAUAAGUGAGGUCAUCAAGCAAAGGAAAGUCAUGGCCAAGACGGUGAACGACAAAAAGGGGAGGACAGAAAAAUCGGACCAGAACAGAAAACUAGACCGGAGGCGUGACAAGAAACGGGACAGGAAGUCGUAUCCGUUGCGCGGGCGGGCUGCGGGUUCAGAUGGGGAGGGGCUCAGCUGUCACGUCCUCCUCACUCGAUUGGAGGAGAGCAUCCGAGCGCAGGAGGGUUCUGGAGAGAGGGUGCGAAGAGAUGCGUGUCACAAACCCAAACCCAAAUCCAAAAAGUUGAAAGGCAUCGAAAGAAAAGGGGCAAAGUCGUUACCAAAAACCAAAUCAAAGUCAAACAGCCCAAGUCCUGGCGAGUGCAUUAAUGUCCCGCAACCUCGCAAGCGUAGGCUGGCCUCUCUCAAUGCGGAGGCAGUGAACAGUCUACUGCUUGAAAGAGCUAAUGAGUCUCAGACGGCAGCUAAGCAGGCCAGGAGACAGGAGGAGCCCACCAACGGAGGGAUGUCCCUGGAUGCAAAUCCAGCCAGGAGUGGUGUCCCCCGAGGUCUGAAGGCCACACGAGGAAACGUCAGUAAAGUAAAGUCUCACAAACUCAAACGGUGCCAAAGCUCCAAGCAGGUCAAGAAGGCCAAAGCCAACCGAGCAGAGAUGAGUCAGGAGAGUCUGGACGCCCCCGCCCCCAGACGGUUGGCUGGACUCAACGCUGCAGCCCUGCUGAAGUUAACCAGCUCCUCUGCUACCAGUAAACAGAGAGUAAAGAAUGUGCCCACAGCUACUAUCACAUCAGACUGCAAGGCUCCCGCCGCGGCCUCGACCCCAAAACGGCACUCCAGGGUCAAACACAAGGGGCGCUCACAAAAGCAGAGUGGGAGAAAGGAGGCUCCCCUGCACAGCGGCUGCACGGCCUGCAAGAAGAAGGCCGACUUUGAGCCCAAAGUGGAGUGGGACACCGGCAGCUGCACCCGUCGACUGACCAAACCGGGCUACCAGUCUCGCAGCAUGCUAGCGUACCCGCUGAAGCAAGUGAAGGAAGAGCAGCUGGAGACCGAACUGAGCCCGUACUACUGCUGCCCCCCAGAGGGCUCGGUGGAAUACUGCCACCGCUUGGCCUUCUUCCUGGGCCAGCAGCCCUACGGGGGAUCGGACGACCCGCCGCUCAACUCGGCCAUGUCCCCCGUGAAGCGCGAGUGCCUCGUAACCUCACCGCCCCUGACGCAUUCCCACCCGCACACAGCCCUCACCCUCAGCCCCCACCCCUGCCUCUGCACCGCCGACCACUGCUUCUCCAGCUACUACGUCCACAUCGCCCACCCGACACACACUGGAACGACGUCGGCGAACCUGGCCUCACAACCUCUCAACUUUGCCCCGUCCGGUUUAUGCCCCAAUCGGAUGACCGGCUCCAAGCUGCUGGGGCCGCGGGUGUCCCACGGCUCGAGGCUGCCCCACCCCGCUUACUGCAACUCGGUGGCCUCGCCCUGUUACGGGGACGCCUGCGGGAUGGGCGGCUACACCUACAGAGCCAUGCCUCCCGUCACCAGCAGGGGCUGUUCCUUCAGUACAGGAUGCACUGGAUGCACACACGGCAUCAAAACAGAGGGUUACUCCUCCCCUCAGGGUGACCACAGCCCCUCCAUGCUGGUCCCCCCCUCCCUGCCCAUAUCCAGCUGCCCUCUCUCCAGCGUGCCCUCCUCCACCCAGACUCAACCCCACCCGCUGACCCCGCUGUCGGGGCGAGACCAGCCCCAGGCCCGUCUAAAGCUGGCCACCGAGUGCCCUCGGAGCAACGAGCUCGCCACCGGCUCCCUGUCCAUGGGCCGCACGCGGCUGCCCCAGAAACAGCCGUCGCCCCUGCCAAGCCUCAGCAGCGCCAAACAAAGGAGAGUCGGCCGCAGACGGGCCACCAACGGUUGGAGGCCUGUUGGAAUGCCAACGGAGAGGGAUGUCUUUAUUGCGGGAGAGGAUGAGACGGCCCCGCGGCAGUGUUAUGAAGGAGUGGAGAGGGACGGGGAAGUGAUACACGUCAGAGACACUGUGCUGCUUCGAUCGGGCCCCAGGAAGAAAUCCCUCCCAUACGUUGCCAAGAUAUCAGCGCUGUGGGAGGACCCCAAAACAGGAGAGCUGAUGAUGAGUCUUUUCUGGUACUACCGACCUGAGCACACACAGGGAGGCCGGGAUCCCAGCGCACACUGUGAGAAUGAGAUUUUCGCUUCUCGGCAUCAGGAUGAAAAUAGUGUGGCCUGCAUAGAAGACAGAUGCUACGUUCUCCCACUAGCCCAGUACUGUAGAUUUUGUGCCUUGGUGAAGCGGCGCGCCGAAGGCGCCCCACCCGGCAGCACCAGCGUGGUGCCCUGCUGUCCCGACUUCGCCCCCCCUUCCCACCGCUGUGUGCCCACAGACGUCGACCCCGAGCUGGUGUAUCUCUGCCGGCACGUCUACGACUUCCGCUUUGGACGCAUCCUGAAGAACCUGCAGUAGAGGAGCAGACGGGGUCUGAAUUAAUCAUGACGUAGCUCCCCCUCCUGCACAGAGGGUAGUGGCAAGGCGGGCUGCUGCAGGACUAGACACCCCUGUCUUUUAUGCUGGGGAUGGUAAUGAGUUAUCAGAGUGAAGGGGGGGGCUGGUUUUGGAGAUGAAGCAAAAAGAGUUUGACACAUUAUGAAGCACAGAUCCCUUUAGUUGACUACAAAGGGGUUACAAUGUGAUAGAUGAAUCAUCCUCAAUAAGAGCACCAAUAUUUCCUGGUUUGGAUGAGCGAUGGAGGGAGAAUUCAUUCAUCAGCUGGGAUUUUUUUCAGCACUCUGAGCUCACAUGGAGGCUUGUGUGCGUUUCCCCCCCCCCCCCCCCCCCCCU